AUGAUAAGACUCACUUGCGUUGCUUCUAAAAUGGCUCGCAAAGGUACUGCCAAACUUACUGAAUUACAUCUGAUCGAGGGUGACAUGCAGAAAAUUUGGGCAGAUGAGCAUCAAUUUGAGGUUGAUGCUGUACCCACUGACUCCCAAAAUGGAAAAUAUUUUAUUACAUUUCCUUACCCUUACAUGAAUGGCCGCCUUCAUAUUGGGCAUGCAUUUUCCAUGAUGAAAGGCGAAUUUGCGGCUGGUUUUCAAGCAUUAAAAGGAAAAGCCGUUCUUUGGCCAAUGGCCUUUCAUUGUACUGGCACACCGAUCAGGGCCUCUGCUGACAAGUUGGCUCGAGAAAUGGAGUUAUUUGGCUGCCCUCCCUCUUUUCCCACAUCACAUGAAGGAACUGCUAAAUUUGAUGAGCCCAAACCUGAUGUGAUUGACAAAUCAAAGAGCAAAAAGAGCAAAGCCGUUGCCAAGACUGGGGGCAUGAAGUAUCAAUGGCAGAUCAUGAAAUCCUUAGGGAUACCUGAAGUCGAUAUUCCCAAGUUCACCGACCCUAAUUAUUGGCUUGACUAUUUUCCUCUAUUGUGCAUGCGCGACCUUCAGCGUUUGGGUCUUAAGGCUGAUUGGAGGCGCUCUUUCAUCACUACCGAUGCUAAUCCUUAUUACGAUUCAAUGGUCCGGUGGCAGUUUCUCCAUCUAAGGAGGCGGAAUAAAGUUGCUUACGGCAAACGUUACACAAUAUUCUCACCAAAAGACAACCAGCCCUGUAUGGACCAUGAAAGAAUUGCUGGUGAGGUAUGGUUUCCAUCAGAAAUGGACCUCCUUUUGUUUGCAAGGACGAGAGUUUUGAAGAAGAAUGAAAAGGUUUAUUUUCUGGCUGCAACCCUACGUCCAGAGACGAUGUACGGACAAACCAACUGUUGGCUCCAUCCCACCAUUGAAUACGCUGUUGUUCGCUCAAAACUAUUCUCUUCACUCUUCAUACUUACGCAUCGGGCUGCACUUAAUAUGGCCUAUCAGGACUUACUAGACCCUGAGCACCCGGGUAGCGUCGACACAUUAACCACAUUGACAGGAGAGGAGCUCUUUGGUCUGCGUUUGAAGGCUCCACUAAGUGUAUACGAAGACGGAAUUUACACCCUCCCAAUGCUCUCUAUCUCCUCCACUAAGGGAACUGGUGUUGUGGCUAGCGUACCUAGUGAUUCCCCUGACGACUUCGCCACGCUGCGGGACCUCAAAAACAAGAAGGCUUUCCGAGCGAAGUACAAUAUAUCUGACGAAAUGGUGCUUCCGUUCGAGCCUGUGGAGAUAAUCGAAAACCCACUGUUGGGCAAACUGGCUGCACCAAAGGUGGUCGAGGAUAUGAAGAUCGCAAGUCAAAAUGAUCGUGACAAACUCCAGGAGGCCAAGGAGAAGAUCUACAAGCUUGGAUUUUACGACGGUGUUCUUCUUAUGGGUUCUCAUGCCGGUGAGAAAAUACAAAAUGCUAGGAAAGCGAUUCAACACGAGCUUGUUGAAAGGGAUCUAGCCCUUAUUUACUACGAACCGGAGAGGCCAGUUGUGACUCGUAGUGGUGAUGAUGCUGUAGUUGCACUCUGCGACCAGUGGUAUCUCGACUAUGGUAACAAGGACUGGAAAGCAAAGGUGCGCAAGGCUCUCGCCGCAGUCAGUAUGACCGAUGAAGCUCGCAACAACAUUGCUGCCACCCUCAACUGGUUGCAAGAACACGCUUGUUCACGCACGUACGGUCUGGGCACGCGCUUGCCGUGGGACGAGAAUUGGAUCAUUGAAUCUCUCUCUGAUUCUACCAUCUACAUGGCCUACCAGACUAUCGCUCACCUUCUUCAUGGCGGAAAUUUUGAUGGGUCCCUCCGCGGUCCGCUCAGUAUAUAUCCAGAGCAUAUGACUCCGGAGGUGUGGGACUACGUCUUUAUCGGCAAAGGCGAUCCAGCAAAACUCGCAAGUGAACGCUACACAACCGUAACUGUAGACGCGUUACACCGCAUGCGCAACGAAUUUCUCUACUGGUACCCCGUAGAUAUGCACGUCAGUGGCAAGGAUCUACUGCCCAAUCACCUCACAUACUUCCUCUACAACCACGUUGCAAUGUGGCCCGAGGAGCCUCAACUCUGGCCCAAGGGUAUUCGUGCUAACGGUUUACUGCUACUCAACUCUGAAAAGAUGUCUAAAUCGACUGGAAAUUUCCUGACGCUUUCUGAUGCGAUAGAUAAGUAUUCCGCCGAUGGAUUGCGCCUGGCUCUGGCCGACGCUGGCGACACUCUUGAGGACGCCAAUAUGGAGGAGUCAAUGGCCGAAGCCGGUCUCCUCAGACUUUACUCACUCUACGAGUGGAUAACCGCGACCGUUCAGGCUUUGAAGAACCCUUCUGCUGUUGGCUUCAGAACCGGCGCACUAAAUCUGCAUCCCGAUAAAGUGUUCGAGAACGAUCUGUGUCGAAUUGUUGCGGCCGCUGAUGAGCAUUACUCGGCUCAGAACUACAAAGAGGCUUUAAGGGUUGUUUUCUACGAAUUUAUUGCCUGCAAGGAUCGCUAUCGCGAGGUCUGUCAGAAACGUGGAAUGCAUGCAAGUCUAAUCAGUCGGUACAUUGAUAUACAGACGAUCCUCCUCUCGCCCAUCUGUUCGCAUGUAUGUGAGCACAUCUGGCGCAACCUUCUGGGUCACAAGCAAAGCAUUUUCAAGUCCACAUGGCCCAAACAAAUUGGCCUUGUCGACACCAAAAUUCUUGCUGAAGGUCUCUACUUGGAUGAUGUGGCGCGCACCUUCCGUCUUCAAUUGAAACAAGUUCUCGUUGCGCGAGUGCCGAAGGGCAAAGGAGGCAGUGGCAAGGCGCAAGAUCCAGCAUUGCAGAAACAAUCUCACAGACAACCCACCAAUGCUGUCAUAUGGGUCGCCAAAGCCUAUCCACCUUGGCAGGCAACAAUCUUGAAUGUCCUCCACGCUCUGUUGACGAAGGGAGGUGAAUUGCCAGACAAUGCAACAGUUUUGCAGGCUCUACAGCCCCACAUGAAGUCGUUUGGCAAGCAGGCGAAGCGAGCAAUGCCGUUCGUCCAGUUGCUUCGUGAACGCUUCCUUUCUAACGGUGAAAAGACACUGCAAGUGAAGCUGGAACUUGAUGAACAAGCUGUUCUCGAAGCAAAUCGUGAAUACCUUGUUGCCAAUCUCGGCCUUGAUGCUGACGGACUGGAGAUUCGGGAUGCAGCUACAUCCGAUGAUGCGAAGGUGAAGGAAUCUGUCUGUCCAAUGGAACCAAUUAUAGUGUUCAAGGCGCCAACGCCGGGGAUCGGCGUCUCUCUGGUCAACCCCUGCGUGGGAUCGGGUCUCUUUUCUGUGGACUCCCUUCAAAUUCACGAUGGUGAUACGGUGAAUCAGGUGGCUCAGCGUCUGCUAAGAGUCUGUCGACCCACCUUGAUCAUUAGUCAGACCAUCGAAAAAUUGAUCCUCUAUCGGUACUUGGAUCCAGUUAAAGACUCCCGAGCCCUACCCCCGGUGCCAAUGGAACGACUGGCCAAGCUAUGCUCAACUGACAAAUUUCUUGUUGAUGCAUCUGCUGGUACCAUCACCAUUGCUUUAGGAAAUGGCGAAAUUGCCCAAAUUGGUGACAAACUCGUCUAUACUGACAAUGUUCACCCACUGAACUGA